UGAUCUCACAGUUAAUUUAUCAUAACAUUUGUUUUUGGUGCAUUCAAAAAAUGGCUGGGAUUGUAGUGAUUUUUGACUUUGACUCAACAAUCAUUGAGUGUGAUAGUGAUAAUUGGGUGCUUGAUGAGACCGGUUUAACUGAAAAGUUCUAUCAGCUUCUUCCUAGCACGCAUUGGAACCCUCUAAUGGAUAAGAUGAUGAAUGAACUUCAUUCACAAGGGAAAACCAUUCAAGACAUUGUACAAAUUCUGAGUAGGACACCAAUGCAUCCUCGCAUUGUCCCUGCUAUUGAGGCAGCUUAUUCUCUUGGGUGUGACCUGAAGAUUGUGAGUGACGCAAAUAUUUUCUUUAUUGAGACAAUUCUGAAGCAUCAUGGAGUGUGGAACUGUUUCUCAGAUGUCAUUGCCAACCCCAUCCAUGUUAAUGAAGGGAGGCUCAAUAUUUGUCCAUACCAUGAUUAUCUUAAAUCUUCUCAUGGAUGCAAUCUUUGCCCACCAAACAUGUGCAAGGGAUUGGUGAUAGAAAGGAUCCAAAACUCCCUCGCUGCAGCAGGAAAGAAGAAACUAAUCUAUCUUGGAGAUGGAAAUGGAGAUUUUUGCCCAAGUUUGAGGCUCAAAGAUGGUGACUAUGUGAUGCCUAGAAAGGACUUUCCAUUGUGUGAUUUAGUUUCUAAAAAUUCUAAUAAGAUAAAGGCAGAAGUACAUGGUUGGAGAGAUGGGAAAGAGCUUGAACAUGUUCUGCUCCAUGUUAUCAACAAAGAAAUUGGGGAAGGAAACAACAUUAAUAAUUCUACUCAGAAAGUCUCAGUUGAUUGCAAGAUGGGGCCAAUUGCAAUUGACACUCGUCAACCUUUGCCUAAAGCCCUAUCAGUUCCUCAAUAACUAGUCAGCUACAAUUGCAAGGAAGAAAUUAUUAGAUAGUUAUGUGCCACCACAUAUCUAUACUCCAGAUUAAUCUCUUUAUAACACAUGUUCAAGUAUAUAAGUUACGUAAAAUAUAAUAAUACUUAAUUAUGUGUCAUGUGAAAAUUGGUCUAGAUUAUAAUCUCGGAUCACGUAAUUAAUGAUUUGUCAAAUGCUAAUUUUUUACUAAAGCUGUUAUAGUCUUUUGUAGCCCUCAAAAUAAAAAAUAAGGGCCAUUAUUGUGUCUUGUCAACUUCUGAAUUAUUUUAAGUGCUGUUUCAUUCUCAGGCAAUGUAUGAGACCGUGCUUUGGUCCUUCACGAUAAUUAAAUAUAUUAUGUUGAAUAAAAGUACGAAAGGCUAAAGUAAUUUGUGGUGCA